AUGAUCGAAGGUGACACCAUCAGCUUGACCAAAAUGGACCAAUCCACUGAUGGUCGCCGGAAGCGCUACGAUUCAAACGGGCACAUCAGUGAUGUCACUGCCGAUCCGUCUGCUACCAAACGGCAUGAUGGAGUCGGUCUCCAGACCAACAUGACUUUGCUGAAUGGCAUCACCAUGAUCGUGGGAAGUAUCAUCGGUUCGGGAAUCUUCGUGAGUCCAAAAGGUGUCCUCCAGCACUCGGGAAGUGUAGGCGCUUCUUUGAUCAUCUGGCUCGCGUGUGGUUUGUUUUCGCUGUGUGGAGCCUGGUGUUUCGCGGAGCUUGGACUCAUCAUCCCGAAAUCGGGAGCCGACUAUUCGUACAUCUUGGAAGCGUUUGGACCACUGUUGGCGUUCCUCCGCCUCUGGGUGGAGUGUCUGAUCUUACGACCGGGGACCACUGCAAUUGUUGCCCUGGCGUUCGCCUUCUACGUCCUGCAGCCUGUCUUCCCAGAUUGUGACCCACCCACUGAAACAGUGGUCAUUUUGGCGGGAAUAUGUAUCAGUAAGUAUCUUUUUGUUUUGAGACUUCCAACAGGAGCGUCGUCAAUGGCUCCGACGAGCGUCCAAUAUGCCGAUGUGGUGGGAAAAUAUGCCCAAUUAGAAGAGAGUCUCCCGGGGGCCAAAGGAUUCGGUUAUGUGUUUCUCAUCUCUGAGGUAUUGAACGCGGUCUUGGGCCUCUACAGCAUCGUACCCGCUUGGGCCGUCAGCAUCGGCCGACGGCCUGAUGAUGAUGGGGUGAGAUUUUUUCGGUGA